AAUAAAUAAGCGAUUAUUUCACCGAUUGGGAAUCACAUCGAUCGCCACUGCUCCAGUAAAGACGCCAACAUGAAAGCUUUCGCAUCCGCCUACAUCAUCCUUGCGAUCUGCGUCGCAGCGUCCCUGCAGAACACUCCGUACACUCGGUGUGACGAUGGACCUCCACCCCAAUCAUUGGUAGUAGAUGGAUGCAAUAGUUCUCCUUGCGGUUUAUACAGAGGAACUAAUUUGACUGCGCAUUGGGACUUUAGUCCCAACGCUGAUACACUGCGACUGACAGUCCGCGUGAGAGUCACAAUGAUGGGGAUCACGAUACCUUAUCCGUAUCCUUACUCGAAUGCAUGCGAGUCUCUGACGAAUGGCAAGUGCCCUUUGAGCAAAGGCGACAAUGUGACGUACAAUCUCUUCAUGCCGAUAUCUAAGGAAUAUCCGUCUGUUAGCAUGAUCAUCGAAUACUCCCUGGUUAACGAAAAUAACGACUCGCAAGUAUGCUUCAAGUUAGACUGCCACGUGACUGACCCAUAAAUAAAAUAAAAGACUUCCGUGUGUCACGACCUCAAUAGCUUUAAUCAAUUUAAUUCUUCUAUUAACGUUAAUUAAUUAUCCAAAUAUUCUUUAUUCUUUGAUAU